AAUAAAUGUUAUAGUAAAUGUUAUAAUAAAUAUUAUAAUAAAUGUUAUAAUAAACUUGACCUACAUUCCAGAGUGAAACAUGACAUCAUCCAUUCAACUGACAAUAUUAACAGCUCCCCCUAGUGUCUAAUCGGCUCUCACGGGGGUCAAUCUUUGUCUCUUUUUUUUUAGCGCUGUAUUUCGUUUGAUUUUUUUGUUAGACAGAACAUUGAACAUGUUGGUGCGUGGCGACACCUUCACUGCCAAAUGUCACAACCUUCAACGAGCCUCACACUGAAUCAGCAAUCACUGAAUCUGUGUUUUCCAACCGCCCUGACCACACACUGCUCACCGAGGGAGUGAGUGUGACGCUUGAGUGAGUAGGUGUGUGUGUGUGUGUUGGAGGACGAAACUGUGUCUCCGUUUGUGGCUUCACUCCAUCACUUACAGCGUGUGUGUCUGCUGAUGAUGUCACUGAAAAGGAGCGUUUCAUCCAUGCAGGGUCUGGUGAUGGAGAAGUUGGUGGUGCAGCCACACGGCCUGCUCUCAAAUGUCAACUACAUUCAGCACUGAGCAAGAAUCGACCUGGAAGUUUAGCUCGACACAUAUUUAAUGUCAACUGACUCAAACCUUCGACACCAAGACUUAUUUUUACGAGGACGUUCACAACUGGUACGGAGACCCCCCCCGACCCCCUGACCUCCCGUGACCAAGGUGUAAACAUCUGACUCAAUACAGAACUCCACGUUUUCUGCCUGUACGUAUUACUGAAGUCAACAUCACUACAAACCACUUUCUGUCUCCUGAAAACAAACCUGGACGAGUGUGACAGAAAACUGUCGUAGCAAAGAAACCCUGAGGUCACUGCAGGGUCAGACCACAUGACCACAUGACCAGAUGACCAGAUGACCAGUCCAUUCAAACAGCACGUCUAUUGAUUCACUUUACUCUUUUAUAAAACUUCAUCUCAAAGUUUUAACAUAAAAAAUAUGGAGUUUUGCAAAUGGUUAUUUGAAUUUUAAUGUCUUUUUUUUUAAACUUUUUUUGCUGAUUCAUUUUUGUCGAUACUGUUGUUAAAUGAUAAAAACGUUCCUGGUUCAUAGAAAUGUGAACAAACGCUGCAGUCAAGAUUCACUGACGUUUGAAAAACAACAUCAGACGAGGGAUCAAACUUCAACUCUAACUUUCAAAUUAACUAGAAUAGUUAUUAGAUUAGUUUAGAUUAGAUUAGAUUAGAAGAAUAGAAUAGACUAUAAUUUAUUUCUAAUUAUUUUAUGAAACAUAUACACUGAAAUAAAAGGAUGUAAUUCAUCUGUUUAUUAUUGAUUUUACUUCUAAUCUUGUUAAUACACUGUUGUUGUUUUUUAUUUUUUAGUUUUUUUUAUUUAACCUUUAUAUUCGUGCAGCGUGUCAGUGAUGUAGGUCACAGGUUUGUGGCUGACUCAGACACAGACACGUCUGUGGUCGGAUUUCCAAAAAUCACAUACUUUAUACUACAUACCAUAUACUACAUACCAUAUACUACAUACCAUAUACUUUAUACCAGUGGUCCUCAAACUGUGGUAUGCGUACCACUAGUGGUACGCGGGGAAAAUUCAUAUUUUCACAUUUACAUUUUCAAUUGAAGACAUUUUUAUUUGAUUUAUUUUUAUUUAAUUUCUUUAUAAACAUCUCUCUUGUUUAUCUCAGGCCUGCGCUGCUGUAUUCUAAUGUUGGUCAUCAUGGAAUUUGAAUUGAGAUCAUCUGUUUUUCUACACCACACUACACUGACAACAGACGGAUCAGAACAACAGGCGUUUUGAGACUAAUUAUUUUAAUAAUUCAUUAUCGUAGAUUUUCAGAUUUAGCAGUAAAAAAGUUUAAUUGUAAUUUUUUUUAAAAAAGAACUAAAUAAGUCAAAGACAAAUCUGUCUGUUAAUAAAGUCAACAAGGAAAUAUUCAUUAUGUUGGAUUUUCACAAACACUAACGAAAACAUUUUUACCACAAAUGACUCUACAAAUUAGUGUUGCGUAAUGAAAAUCCAACCAUAUUCAUGGAGGGAGGGGAGAUGCGGGGGGGGGGGAGGAGACUACACACAGGGGUUUCUGCUGCUGGUGGUCUUUCACUUCCUGUACUACUACAGAUGACUCAGUCUCACACAGCGUCUGUCAACCGCACGACCAGAUGCUGCCGACUCUGACGUCAGUCGACACAGAAUAAAACCUGAAGACACCGACGGAGCGCCGGUCACAAUGCUUUUCCUGAAGUCGCUGCUGCUUUUGCCCCUGCUGGGCUUUUGGAGGGUGAACGCCGGGGGCUGCGGUGACCUACAGGCCGAGAUCAACGGACGCUGCUGUGACAUGUGUCCUCCAGGAGAACACGUGGAGGUGUUCUGCACGCGGGACCGGCCCACCGUCUGCAGACCCUGUGGGAACGGUUCCUUCUCCAACAACUACACCGUGUUUGACAGAUGUGAAAAGUGCCAGACAUGUCAACAAGAAUACGAAGAAAAAUGUACAGCGACCACAGAUGCGAAAUGUUUGUGUGACUUUGGUUUCCUGUGUUCCGACAACCAGUGUUCGAGCUGUGAGGAAAACAAAUGUGUUCCAGGGGAGAAACUGAAGAGACGAGAAGUAACCAACGGUACAGUGGUCACUCAGUACCUGUACCAGUGUGAGCCGGCCUGUCCUGACCACACCUACUACGAUGACCAGGACCAAACCUGCAGACCCCGGACACAGUGCAGCGCACUGGGACUGGACGAACUCUUCUCAGGAAACAAAAGCCACAACUCCGUUUGUGACAUACAGGGACUGAAGAAUGGAAACCUGGUUCCUAUGAUUCUUGGCCUCAGCUUCGCCGUCUUCUCCGUCUGUUUCCUCGUUCCGUUUCUCUUGGCUGUCGCUUAUAGAAGGAACCUGUGGAGGCGAAAGUCAAAUUACCUGGCCGAGUUAAUGGUCCGCCACGACGUCACCAACUUCCAUCUGUCGAAGGAAGAGAGCGGACACCAGCUCGUCCUGCAGGAUGAAACCAAAGACGACAACAAUCCUGCACAGCUGCACCUGGGAACAGACGCCGGAGUUUGAGACUAAAUCAGGAAAAAGAAAAAAACACUUUCUUUUUUCCAUCUGGGCUACAACGAGGACAACAGUUGACUGAGAGUCUGAUGAACUCAACAGACCACGGAGUAUUAACGUAACUGCCCUGGGGUUGAUGGGAAAAUACCCCUAAAUCACAUCUCAGUGCCACCCUUUGGCCUUUUAGGUGAAUGUUUUUUUUAAAUGCCAGUCAUAUGUUUAUUAUACACCAGGUCAGCUUUCAACUUUAGCCCAGAUUCAGAACUGGGUCACAGAGCACUUCUGUUUGUCUUUGGUCAAACGGUCAGUGUUGACGUGAAUAUUGUCCAGGGCCUGAAACCACCAACAAUAUAUUGUAUGAUUCUUGUACAGUCUAAUUAAACAUGUCUUAUUACA